CCACAAUUGGGAUUUUUUCGAUUUCGUUGUUGUCUUGGAUCCUCGGUACGGUCUCCUCCUUCCCACGAACACCAUCCAAGUGCAUCUUGACAAUCACCAGCCGUCACCAUGCCUCCCAAGUUUGAUCCUAAUGAGGUGAAGGUUAUCACCCUCCGGGCCACCGGUGGUGAGGUUGGUGCCUCGUCGGCUCUUGCCCCCAAGAUCGGUCCUCUUGGUCUCUCCCCCAAGAAGGUCGGCGAAGAUAUCGCCAAGGCUACUGGUGACUGGAAGGGUCUCCGCGUGACCGUCAAGCUCACCAUCCAGAACCGUCAGGCGGCCGUCUCCGUCGUCCCUACCGCCUCCGCGCUCGUCAUCCGUGCGCUCAAGGAGCCCCCCAGGGACCGCAAGAAGGAGAAGAACAUCAAGCACAACAAGUCUGUUUCGUUUGAUGAGAUCGUCGAGAUCGCCCGCACCAUGCGCUUCAAGUCCUUCUCCAAGGAGCUUAAGGGCACCGUCCUCGAGGUCCUCGGUACCGCUUUCUCCGUCGGCUGCCAGGUUGACGGCAAGAGCCCCAAGGCCGUCCAGGAGGCUAUCCACGCCGGCGAGAUCGAUGUUCCCGAGGAGUAAAUGUCGGCCAAAAAAGGUCAAAUUGGGAUUCUUGGCAUGUGUUUAGGAGUUCAGGGCUUGCUUUACGAUCAGGCCUGCCAAACGACGGCAAAUCAAAGAUCACCAAAGACGAUUUGAAGGCCGAGCCGUCGUGUUCCUCGCCUCUUUGAUGUGUGCACUUGUAUACAGCCGUCCAUUACGACACUUGGGCUUGGUAUCUAGGUUUGCGAGACACUCGAGGAAUAAGCGCAGCGCCGAACCCCUACUCAUUGCCUCCAUCCGUGCCCCCCUUUGAUUUCAUGUGUGAUGUGUUUCUGCCUCCCCCACUGACUACGCAGUCCCUGAAGUUCACCCGAGUUUGACCUCUUCUCUAUGGUCACUCCCGGUUUUUCUUUUUUCAAUUCAGGAAGAUUAAAGGUCCUAUUACUCACCACGGGUUCCGUUGGCUAUUGCUGUGGAAGAUCGAGGUCCAUCAUUUAGGUCUACAUCUCCCCUCUCGCCCUUUGUCGCCUUGUCGAUCGAUUCACUCCAGCCACGAUGACUGCUUCAGCAAACGAUUAUGUCGAAACCGAGAUAGCAAAAUACAAAUACAAGAUUGUUUCGGAGAAUUACGGUCCCAAUGUAUGUUGCUGUGACAAUGAGAUACGAUCUUGCUGCGGUGGGAAUGACGGUCGUACAUCUAUGAUGAUGGGCUGGGUUGAUGUUAUGGCCUCUGUUCAACAUCAAGACUGCCACAGGAAGUGCUCGUCUUCGCGAGCUUCGGAACCAUAUCAGGGGAUAGAUAGCCAUAGUCCAUCCCCGUCUUCGUGCCGUCCCGUUGGGCCGCUGUGCACUUUAAGUCGGUUCUGUCGUCGAUAAAGCGGCUCUCACCCCAACUGAACUUUGUUUCAUGUCUAUUUUGUCCAGCAUCUAUAGAUCAUGGCAUGGCAUCAACACUCUCAGAAGCUCUCUGUCGUCCUUUGAGCACCCUUUUUCACUCACUACCCGUAGUCUCCUUCUUACAAAUCACUCCCG